AUGAAUUCGUCUUCGGAAUCCUCUUCCACAUCAACACUGCCACAGCAAUCCUCACAGCAACUACAAUCGGAAGAACCUUCCCAUCAUCGGAGCUUGGAUCAUUCUAACACAGGUUCAUCACCCACCUAUGAUAAUGCUCAAAACAAUGAAGCUAAAUUAUUACAACAACUAAAAUCAGUCUUGAACGAUACAAAUCAGCCCACUAUCUUUACAAAAGAUGAUAUAAAAUUACAACAACUUCAACAACAGCUUGAUGAGUGUUCCAAAAAAGCACACUCGUUUCUCUAUACAACGUUAUCUCUAGCGGGUGCUGUUCCCAUGACCUUAUUAUUUAAAACAAUGAAACCAUUAUAUAUUUUGCCAGUGAUUGGAGGAGCUACCGAUUUUUGGUUCACUUCUCAAAAGUGUGCAAAGGAGAGAACAGAAUUGGAUCGAUACAUGUUGAAAAGAAGAAAAUACGAAUUAAUAUCUGAAAAGAAGAGAUUGGAAAUGGAGAGAAAUGCUUUAUUGGAGGAAUUGAAACGAACAAAUGGUGGAAAAUAA